GCGCGCUGCGCCCGCGGGCAGGUGUAGGGAGGCGCGGCGGCAGAUGCAUAUUGUAGGAGUAUUUUGAGGAUGAAUGUUUGCAAAUCAUUUUGAAAUUGCCAAACGCCACAUACAUGGGAUGCAUCCUGCUUUUACAUUGGAGCUCACCCCUGUGGCUUGGAUUUAUCACUGUAGCAUCUGUGUCCAAUCUAUGUGUUAACUAGAAAUCAAGGGAAGACAUGAGGAGGUUUGUUUACUGCAAGGUGGUUCUAGCCACUUCACUGAUGUGGGUUCUUGUUGACGUCUUCUUACUCCUGUACUUCAGUGAAUGUAACAAAUGUGAUGACAAGAAGGAGAGAUCCCUGUUACCUGCACUCAGGGCUGUUAUUUCAAGAAAUCAAGAAGGGCCAGGAGAAAUGGGAAAGGCUGUGCUGAUUCCUAAGGAUGACCAGGAGAAAAUGAAAGAACUGUUUAAAAUCAAUCAGUUUAACCUUAUGGCCAGUGAUUUGAUUGCCCUUAACAGAAGUCUACCGGAUGUAAGAUUAGAAGGAUGCAAGACAAAGGUCUACGCUGAUGAACUUCCAAACACAAGCGUAGUCAUUGUGUUUCACAAUGAAGCUUGGAGCACUCUCCUUAGAACUGUUUAUAGUGUUAUAAAUCGUUCCCCACGUUAUCUGCUCUCUGAAGUCAUCUUGGUAGAUGAUGCUAGUGAAAGAGAUUUUCUCAAGUUGACAUUAGAGAAUUAUGUGAAAAAUUUAGAGGUGCCGGUAAAAAUUAUUAGAAUGGAAGAGCGUUCUGGGUUAAUACGUGCCCGCCUUCGAGGAGCAGCUGCUUCAAAAGGGCAGGUCAUAACUUUUCUCGAUGCACACUGUGAAUGCACCUUAGGAUGGCUGGAGCCUUUGCUGGCAAGAAUAAAAGAAGACAGGAAAACAGUGGUAUGCCCUAUCAUUGAUGUAAUUAGUGAUGAUACCUUUGAAUAUAUGGCUGGGUCAGACAUGACUUAUGGGGGUUUUAACUGGAAACUGAAUUUCCGUUGGUAUCCUGUUCCCCAAAGAGAAAUGGAUAGAAGGAAAGGAGAUAGAACAUUACCUGUAAGGACCCCUACUAUGGCUGGUGGCCUAUUUUCUAUUGACAGAAACUACUUUGAAGAGAUAGGAACUUACGAUGCAGGAAUGGAUAUCUGGGGUGGAGAGAAUCUUGAAAUGUCUUUUAGGAUUUGGCAAUGUGGAGGUUCUCUGGAGAUUGUGACUUGCUCCCACGUUGGUCACGUUUUUCGGAAGGCAACUCCAUACACUUUCCCUGGUGGCACUGGUCAUGUCAUCAACAAAAACAACAGGAGACUAGCAGAAGUUUGGAUGGAUGAAUUUAAAGAUUUCUUCUAUAUCAUAUCCCCAGGUGUUGUCAAAGUGGAUUAUGGAGAUGUGUCAGUCAGAAAAACACUAAGAGAAAAUCUGAAGUGUAAGCCCUUUUCUUGGUACCUUGAAAACAUCUAUCCAGACUCCCAGAUCCCAAGACGUUAUUACUCACUUGGUGAGAUAAGAAAUGUUGAAACCAACCAAUGUUUAGACAACAUGGGCCGCAAAGAAAAUGAAAAAGUGGGUAUAUUCAACUGCCAUGGUAUGGGAGGAAAUCAGGUAUUUUCUUACACCGCUGACAAAGAAAUCCGAACUGACGACUUGUGCUUGGAUGUGUCUAGACUCAGUGGACCUGUAAUCAUGUUAAAAUGCCACCACAUGAGAGGAAAUCAGUUAUGGGAAUAUGAUGCUGAGAGACUCACCUUGAGACAUGUUAACAGUAACCAAUGCCUCGAUGAACCUUCUGAAGAAGACAAAAUGGUGCCUACCAUGCAGGACUGUAGUGGAAGCAGAUCCCAACAGUGGCUGCUAAGGAACAUGACCUUGGGGGCGUGAAGAUCGUUUCCCCAAAGCCAUGAAAGUGUCUACACUUUUGUUUUUCCAUUAUCUCAAUUAGGGAAAGAUAUUAACUUUGAUGAAUUGAAAGUUUUAAAAUCCUUUUAGUAUUCUAAAAUACAGUUGUUUAUAAUUCAUUUUUAGGAAUGUUUGCUUAUUUCCCUACUAAAAUUUGUAUCUGAUCAAAAGAAGCACAUACAAUAUAUAAAUAACAGCAAACUGUUAUCAAACACCAGAAGAACUUGAAAAAUAAAUUGUGUUUGCUUUAAAAAAAAAUAACCUCUAUUGCCCUCAUCUCAUAAGAUCAGUCAGGGGCUUAUUUUAAUUUUUUUCUUGUCAUAGUGAUUGAUAGAGAGACAAUGUAAAUGCCUUAUGAAAUAUUUUAAUUAUGAUAUAUCAUCAAAUGUUUGAAAAACUCACUCUGUUUCUAAUGGACCUUCAUGGAAACAUGUUGAAUUUCUAUGUUAAUAACAAGGCCACAUGUUGAAUUAUUUCUAAGCAGUGAAUUCAUUGUACAAGAUAGGUUUCAAUUUUGUAGAGAAAAAUUAAAUUGGAUAUUGACUUCUCAAAGGGUCUAUAUAAAAGCAUCACAGAGUAAAUGGAGGAGAGUUUGAAAGUUCAACUUCAAGUACAUGAAAUCAGAGGAAACUAGGUAGGCAUUGAGGGGAGCAAGAUAAAACUACACUGAAAAAAAAUAAAUCAUUUUAAAAGAUACUGUUUUGGUUGCAAUCACUCCUAACAUAGGUUGAGCAUAACAAUCAUCAUGGUCCCAGAGUUGCUAAUGGAAACUCAAUUCUUAACCAUGGACCCAUAUGGACUUUCUUCUCUUCACUCUAGAGAGUGACUUUGUCUCUUAUGCUGUACAGAAUUGUAGGUGAAGCGUAGAAGAUUGGCCAUAAUUUUUAAUUAUUUUGCAUUCGAAGAUUCUAGUUGGACCACUAUUACCAUUUUAAUUUUAUGUUUUAAAAAAUAAUGCACUACUAUCAGAAUUUCACUGCCAUGCAAUAGUAUCUAAAGUUUUCACUGGGGGAAUGAGCUCUAUACACAUCCAUUAAACUUUUAAUUAAACUGCUUAAAAUCAUUUGCCAUAAACUAUAGUUUGAGGGAGACAAUAAUAGACAGCUUCACAUGUUCUUUUUCCAUCUUAAAACCCUUUGUGUUCAAAAUACAUGAGCAGAAGAUGUGAAAAGGAAGGAAAAUUUAUCUGAGAUUUGUGCUAGUAAGUUUUAGGAUCUGACACCAUUUAAAAUGCCCCUAAAGUUGCUCAACAUAUGUGACUCAUUCAUUAUAAGUGCACUAGGCUACGGAAAGAAAUUUAGGGGGAAAUGGAAGAAGCAUCCUCUGGAGCAGAAGAUACUACAUCUUUGGCCCUCAUCUUUUCUUAAAAAUCUCUGAGAGAAAGUUUUCAUCAGUAUGGCUACACACAAACUCUUUUUUUUUUUGUCUCUCUGCCUCUGUUUCUGUCUGUUUCUGUCACACACACACACACACACAGUUUUAUAAUGAAAGGGACGACACUUCCUGAAGGUCACUAAAAUGUAACAUGAUUUCCCCAGCUAGCAUUCCUUCCUCUAUUGGCUGUAUAUUGGUACAACUCUAAAGAAGAUUGCUACAGCCUGAAGCAUUUCAGGUUUACUCUUUCAAGUGUACACACCCCUCACCUCAAGUUGUCUGGGAUUCUUGGAAUCUCCUAAAAUUUUAAACAAAAGUUAGAAUGUUGGGGCAUAUUGUUUUGAGAAACGAAUCUGUAGCUUCCAGCAAACUUCACAGGAAGCUAUGAUGCCCAAGGACCAGUGAACCACUGCCUUAAAUUGAUAGUGGCCUCACAAGACAACGAGGCUUGACUUAACAAUCACAUUUUCCAUUUUGCUCUCUUGUCUUCCUAGUCAUGACUAAACUACAGUAAAAUGUCCCUGCACAGCAUUCUUUCUUAAACUUGAAAAGCCCCAACACUCAAGAACUCUUUUAUACUAUCUGUUCCACUUAUUGUGAUUUUGUCAAAGAAAAUGCUUACGUUAUCUACAAAAUGGUCAAUGACAAAUUUUUAAAAUUAUAGCUGCUCUGUGCAAACUGAAUUUGACACAUUUUCAGCAGCAUUUUCUAUAUUUGAAAGUCCAUUACUGUCAAAGCAACAAUAUAGGAAAAAUUAAAACUGUGUAAGUUUCAUGCCAGAGAAGAUUUCAAAGAACCCUCAGAUGGUUUAAACACAUUGUAUUAGAGUGUUUAAUAAACAACCCCCCCCCAAAAAAAGGCAUAAAAUAUAAAACACCAAAACCCAAAAAACAAUGAAUCACAUCCAAUUUAAGCAAAAAUACCUCUUGUGUUCAGUAGAGAACGUUAAACAUAUCGAUUGGAUUCACAAGCCACUCAUCUUACGUGUGGAGCUAGACUAACAAAUAUUUCAAAUGAUAUCAAACGUCCCUCCCUGAUGUUUUCCCCACAGCAGUUGAGGCCAGGUCCAUCUUUCCAGAUGUUGAGAUCAAAAACCUCAAUUCACUUUUGAUUCCUCUGUUUUUCUUUCAACUUUCAUCUAAUCCAUCAGCAAAUUCCCUUGAUUCUACAUCUGAAACAUAACCAGAAACCAGCAACUUCCCACCGCACCCACUGGGUGCCACCGCCUCUAACUCUUGAAACUGCAACACGCUUAUGAUUGGGGUCCCUGAUUUCUCCACCCUUGCCUCCAACAGUCUUUAGGUGACAACAGCCUCCAGAGACCGCCCUGUGUCUCUAGCCUGGUCCCCACAGGGCCUCAAGGCCUGUGAGCGCGGCCUCGCUCCUGGGGCCCGUGGGCACCAGGCCACACUCGCAGAGCCAGCCAGCCUCCCUCCCCAGCGCCACCCCUUGCUUGCCCCCCUCUGGCUUCCAGGCAGUUUCUUCUUGUCUUGCUCCCCCUGCCCAGACUUCCCUCACCUCACUUGCCUUAGCUUCUGUCCAGUAUGUGUCCUGGGGAAGGGAACCCUUCUCCCUCCAGCCUUGCCCAUCACCUGUAGGUGGCCUGUCACCCUCCACCGGUGAGGCCUCUCCAGCGCUCUCAUCACACCCCCUAGAACGAAAGCCCCAUAAAGGCCAGGCUUUGCCAGUUUUAUUCACUGUGGUAUCCCCAGCAUCUAAUUUAGUUCUGGGCACAAAGUAAGUAUUCUUUAAAUAUUUCUUGAAUUAAUGAACUGAAAAAUGUGUGUUAAAGUUGCUAAGUGCUACUGUAUAUCUUUUUUUUUUUUGCACAGCAUUUUAAAUUUUAAAAUCUAGUAAUAUAUUUAGACAAGAUUUGCAUAACUUUGUCUCCAAAUGAUGAUUUUCUUCCUAAUAUUCUUUACAUUAAAUUAUGGACUAUAUGGACUAUAUUUUGUGGUAAAAUAGCCUGCCUUAUGGAAGUGAAAUACGACAUUUUAUAAACAUGCUGCUAUAUUAUGUAAGUUGCUUAAUUAGGACAAAAUUUUUAUUUUUUGGUUGUAUUCAAUGCCUACCUGAAGGAGCGAGAUUUUCACUGUUAGGAUGGGGAUGUAUCGUCUUCUUAAAAAUCAUAUGUAUUUUCGUGGUUUCAUAGGAGCUACUACUAAUUUGUUUUCUAAGUGCAAGCCUAUGAACAGAACACAAGCAUAGUAACUGAGCGGAAUUUGCAGAUGACCCUAGCUUCUUCAUUUACAGCCAAGAAGACUGACGUCCAGAUCUGUAAUACGGCUUGCCUGGGGAUAAGAGAACUAUAAGCAGUGUUGCCAGGACGCCUCAUUGUUAAUAUAACCUAAUAUUGUCUUCAAUUAAAAAGUAUUCAAAAAUAAAGUAAAAGGGUACAAUAAUGAGAAAAA